AUGAAACGUGGAUAUUCUCACACCUAUUUUGCCAAUCAAUGGGCUCGUCAAAGACGGAUACAGGCAGAACUCAUGGGCGAUACCAACAAAAAGCAGCUACAACUGCAAGUUGAAGAUUUGAUUGAGCAUGAGGAAGAUUUGAGAGAGUGCAAUGAUAAAAUGGACAACCUACGGCGCCGACAACACAGAACUGCUGCUGAGAAUCGUACACUGGCGAGCUUGCCAGGACAUAUCGCAUUUCUGGAAGAAGAAGUCGACAGGAUCUUGUUAGAACUUGGUGGUGACAAUUUCAGACACAUCCCCGAAGCCGAUGGUGAGAAAUUAUUUUAA